UGCCAAACGUUGUCAUAUCAAUACAAAAACUGGCACUUUGAUACGCUCACGUCCUCAAGCAGAAGGCCAUACUCUGAUGGCAGAUCAUGGGUAAUGAAGACUUAGAACAAUUGGCAUCAUUUAUGGGGCGCACAAUGAAAACGCACACAGAAUGGUACUGAUUACCGUCUAAUGUAUACCAAACUGCAAAAGUUUCUAAAAUUUUACAUCUGGCUCAAAGUAGCAGUAUUGAUAAAUACAAAGGACGUAAUCUUAAUGAAAUUGACAUUGAAGAAGAUAUAGUGGAAGCUGUUGAUAGCAGUUCAGAAGACGAAGUAGAAGAGCUGCAAGAAGAAAGCCAUUGUCAAACUGAAAACACUGAUAGGAGUGAAAGCAAGAAAGAAAGGAGAACUAUUGGAAAUAGAAAGAAAAGGGUGUUAAAAAAAUGGUCUAGCGAAGAAAAACAGGCCGCAAAAGAGUUUUUCAAAAAACAUAUAACACAUAAAAUUCCUCCUAAGAAAAAUGAAAUUGUAAAAUUAUUUGAAAAGUACCCAUUACUUUUUGGUGUUAAAAAAUGGUCUAGCGAAGAAAAACAGGCCGCAAAAGAGUUUUUCAAAAAACAUAUAACACAUAAAAUUCCUCCUAAGAAAAAUGAAAUUGUAAAAUUAUUUGAAAAGUACCCAUUACUUUUUAAAGAUAGGAAUUGGCAAACUAUUAAAGUUUUCGUGUGUAACUUGUAUGCAAAAUAA